AUGGAACAGGUUCUUCAAAACGAUAUCGAUCUGCUUAACCCUCCUGCUCAGCUUGAAAAGAGGAAGCAUAAGCUCAAGCGUCUUGUUCAGUCUCCAAACUCCUUCUUCAUGUAUGUGAGGUGCGAAUGCUGCUUCAACGUCACGACUGUGUUCAGUCACUCACAGACGGUUGUGGUGUGCGGGAAAUCCCAGAACGUUCUAUGCCAGCCUACUGGAGGAAAGACGAAGCUCUCAGAAGGAUGCGCUUUCAGGAAGCUUAUUAAUUGAUCUACAAGGAAUAAAGCUUGCUUGUCGUUUACUAUAUAAUGAAUCAGAUAUC